AUUAAAUAAAUGCUCUUAUUCCAUUAAAGGAAGAAUAAGGCACCCCUACCGCUCUCACACGUUUUCUUCAAGACUUCACAUUUCCGCUUUCACAUCGCAAUUUAGAUUUUAGUCAGUAAAAUGGCGAAGUAUUCAUUCAUGAUCUUGGUUGUUUUAUUCCUUUUUUGUUUUGUAAAUGGUAAAAAAGAUUCAAAGAAAGAAAAAAGUGACGAGUCGGAAAAGUGGAAAAAAAAAGAUGUCAGAGACUACAAUGAUGUAGACUUGGAGAGGCUUUACGAGCAGUGGGAGGUAGACUUAGCCUUAGCACUUGGACUUAACUUAACUUAUUUAUUAUUUAGAGUUUUGUUUAGGCUUAGGCCUAGGCUUAAUUUUGAAAAUUUUAUAGUUUAAUAGGCUAAUUAUUUAUAAAUAGAAAUAAAAUACUUUGGAAACACAAUGGCCUUGGCCUUGGAUACAAUUACCUACAAGUUCAUUACAAUUUCAAAAUUUUGAAGAGUCAAGUUAGUGUGUAAAUACUAACUAGUUUAGUAAAGUAAUAGUAAUAGUAAGAGUGAGGGCAAGUGGGGGGGUAGUUAAUUAAUUAAUUAUUAAUUAACUGAACUCGCAACUUAAAAUUUCAUAAGCGGCUUAAUUUCAAUAAAACGAUUAAAGUGGAGUUCAGUUUCCAGUUGCGUAGAUUAUUUUUUAGCGCAUUUCGUAUUUUAUCAUGUAAACAUGCAUGUAUUCUAUAUUAAUUAAAUACAGGCAAUUGUUAACUAAUACUGAAUUUUAAAUUGCCCUUAAACGUAUUAUUUAUUUGAUUUUUAAAGAGUCUUUAAACAUCCCCCAACCAAAGUUACAUAGCCCCAUUUGUUUUUUUUUGUUGUUUUUUUUUCACCCUAUGGCCAGAUUUUUAACCACCUAUAUGUUAGUAUGCUAAACGAUAUCUUCAAACUGUAGGCAUGUUCACAAAAAAGAAUGAAAUACUAGAUUUUUCAUUACGUACGAACGCCUCCUUCUCCCCUCUUUCUUUUUUUUUUCCCCUCUCAGAGCACUCGGAAUAUGCGGGUUGGCCUUUGAAGUCUGAGGGGGGGGGGGGNGGUGAAUUAGAAGUGGAUCACACACGUCAUCAUUGUCCUAGAGUGAAGCUGAAAAGGGUGGGGUGGUGGGGAGUUACGAAUAUGUGCCAAUGUGUGAUCACGAAUAUGUGCCAAAAUGUGUGAUCACGAAUAUGUGCCAAUGUGUGAUCACGUGUCCACUAUUUUAAAAAAAUAUUUGUGACGUUGCAGGAAUGGAGGAAAUCUGAUCCUUUAUUGAUAGUCAUCUCAUACUGAUGGCUGCAAAUACGUUGUCUGUGAUUGGUUAGCUCUAAUUUGAGCACCCCUCCCCUUUUUUCGUAUGCAAAUGCGCUUAUUAAUGGUGACUGAUUUGCGCUGAGUAAAAUGAGGGUGAGGGCUAGUGAUUCUAUAGAAUAAGACGGACUCGUUUUGCGGUAUUGCUGGUAGUGGGAUCAUUUUGUUCACAAUGGCAGGACGACCAAGAGACAAUAAUUGAAAUUGUUGAUCCAACGGAAAUUUUAAAUGGUGCAGCAUUUGGUUUAUACGCGAACUUAUAACGUAUCUUUAAAGACAAAAGAGUUAUCCUUGACUUACCACAAUGGCUCCGUAAAAGACAAAAGAUUCAUAAAAAUGUAAUUUUUUAUCUCAUAAAAUUUGUUUAAUUGCUGUUGUAUUUCAAUAAAAAUAUGGUAUUUUACUUUUAAAAUACUUUUUAUAAAGAAUUAACAUAAGUUUACACACGAAAAUAAGAAAUUCAAACAGAAAUAAUAUACACACCUGAACUCCACUUUUACCGUGUUUAUUGAGUAUAUGUAGGCUACUGACUAACUACUGAGAGACUACUACCAGUGUGUAAGCUGUAUGAAUGAACAGUCAAGCUAAGCCCGCCUAAUCCACUACGUCUAAGCCUAAUACUAAUAAGCUAGGCUACACAAUUCACAAGUAAUUCAACUACGACCAAGGGUGCUGUGACUGUGAUUGUACCUUUGGAUUGGCUAGAGUCUUAAGUUAAGUAAGAUUUAAUUAAUAGAAAGACAAUGUCAGACUAUGGCUAAUAUUAAUAUAUAUUGGGGCAUCAGGUAAACAUUAACAUAGUGUGUAAGUUAAACAUUACUAUUAAAGUUUAGUACAGGGACAAAAUACACUAAUGCAGGGAUGUCCCCCACCCUUUGGAAGUGCAGUUGGCAGUGUCAUAGGGUGCUAAAAGAUAUGAUCCAGAAAAUCAGUUUUUUUUUUAUUAGCGUUGUAUAUUAUAGCAGUGAAUUCGAGGUGGGGUGCAGGAAAAGUUUUCAAAUCAAGAGGGAGUGCAGUUCUGCAAAAAGUUUAAAAUCUCUAAGCCUAUGCCUUUCUGUGGGUAAAACAAAAUAAAAACAUUUUAUAAAGCUAUAUUAAUUAGAAGGCUUCUCCCACCAUCCUCUCUAAUAAAGAAAUGGAAAGAAAGAAAACAAAUUGCGGGUAGACAGAAUCCCUCACAGUUGGAAGAAUCAGAACAAUUCUAAUGGUCUAACCCUAAGCAUUAAGAACAAAAAAUAGUAAGACUGCAGUGGGGCAGUAUAGGUAUCUAUUAUCUAUAGGGCCUAAGCUUACAUUAUAUUUUUAAAUUAGGGUUCAAUCUUUGGGCAACUCACAAGAAUAAAAUUCAUGGAAUGUCAUCGUAUAGCGUCAUAGUCUGCUAUUCUAAAAAGAUUGUUGAAAUUUUCAAAUUGUGAUGUUUCUAAAUUGCAAAUCUACUUAUUCUUAUAAAUAUAUAUAUAUUUUUUUUUUAAAGUUGAAAGAAGAAAAAUUACAUUAUUGUUUAGUUAUUUCUAAUAUUGUUAGGGUAACUCAACUGGCAUCAGCCAUCACAUUGUUUUAAUUUUAAGCAAAAUACAACAAAAUUUGGUUAUGAUAACAAUUUUAGAUCAGUGGGGUUGGCCAGAAUCAUAACAGAGAAACCAUGACUUCAAAACAACUUUAAUUAAUAUCUAGGGUCAACGAUAAGAACAAUUCAUAUUAAACAUAUGCUUAGAAAAUCAAUCAUUUGGUUUUAAAGUCAAUACUCUACACACUUUUCUUGUUCAAGAACUGAUUUUAAAAAUUUUUUCAUGAACUCAGAAGCUUACAAAUGAUUAUCAAUACUGAUAUAAAUUAAAAAAAUUAAAUUGCUUCUUUGCUCAUCAAGUUUCUAAAAGAUGAGCCUCAUCUGCAUUCUAUAAUAUUUUUGGACCACAUUUCCUAUUUCAGGAGGCAGAUGAGGAUGAAUUAGAGGAGGAUGAACUACCUGAUUGGAAGAAAGAGCCCCCGAAAAUUGAUCUGUCUAAUAUUAAUCCCAAUGAUCCUGAGGGUGUUCUAAAAAUGUCAAAAAAGGGUCGGACCUUAAUGAUGUUUGCUACAGUAUCAGGUACAUGUUAAUUCUGUGCAACGUUUUGAAUAGUCUGUUUUAUCUAUAUUAUUAUGAUGGGUUGUGGACAUAAUACUAUCAGUGCAGUUGUUUAUUAAUAAUGAUCUGAGAUCAGCUGAAUCAGGGUUUAUAACUCUUGCUGAAAGAGACUGUUGAUUAAUUUCAUUCUUUAGGUAAACCAACAGAAGAAGAAACUGAAAAAAUCUCCUUGCUGUGGCACAGUAGCUUGUUUAAUGCUCAUGUUGAGACACAGAGGUCAGUUGUGUCGAUAUUGAUGCUAAUAAAUAUGAAAUGUAUCCUAAUUUCAUGGCAAUGAACUAAUUCUGCUUUUACGAUAUUCUAAUUUUCCACUUUGUUUGCAUUAAAAUAUAUUGUUUGCUUCCUGUACUGUAAACAACCAUAAUUCACAUGACAUUAUUCAACUAAAGCAGAGAAUGUUAUAUCUUCUGUUAUUAUCCUGUGCUUUAAGAUAUGUAGUGGGUUCUGAUCGAGUGCUCUUCAUGCUGAAAGAUGGAUCAAAGGCCUGGGAAGUUCGAGACUUCCUUGUGAAGCAAGAACGUUGUGAAGAGGUUUCCAUAGAAGGGCAGAGUUAUCCAGGGGCUGGAGCUGAAGUAAGUGAAGUUAGUUCAGACUGAAAUUGUUGUGAUUAGAUUUAUCUAAUAUUGACACUUACAUGUAAGCUUUGUGUUUUUAUUGUUGACAUAUAAAUAUAAAGUUAGUUGAAAUCGUAUGUUUUUAUUGUUGACAUAUAAAUUUAGAGUUGAAAUCUUAUAUUUGAUUUAUUUCUCAGAAGAACCAGAGCUCCAAAGACAAAAAGUCCAAAUCAAAAAAAGACCAUAAAAAGAAUGAUGAACUUUGAUCACAUUUUGAACUUCAGUGUAUCACAAAUGACAGAUUUUGACUUACUAAUGAGUGAAAAUGACUGAUCAUGACAGAGAGAAUCUGACUGACAAUGACUGACUUUGCCUUAUCACUGUAAGAUGGCACCAAUAUUUGUUAAUGUUUUUUUAAUUGAAUUAGACUUGCCAAUUGAUAUUUUUAACUUUAUGAAUCUGAUAAGUGUAGUUGAUGUCAUGGUUUUAUCUAAGAUUUUACUCAUUUAACAUUCCAGCACUUCCAGGCUGAAAAUUGUGACUGAAAAUUUAAAUAUCUUAUAAAUCAUAUUUAAAGAUGAAAUAUAUAUUGUUUUCAAAUUUUGUUGAAAACACAAUAGUAGCAAAAGUCGAAAGCAAUAACAUCAUAUCUGUACAUGUGUGACUGACUAGCUGUAUCCCCCAUUUGCCUACAUACACCACUUAAGCUGUGCUUGAAAAUGUUUUUCUACUUGUUCUUUGUCCACUGUUUUAAUAAACUUUUGUUUAACAAAUUUAAAAUGUAUGUGCCAAUCACAUUUGAUCAUUACGGUAAGAAAUAACAUGUUAAUUUUCAUCUUCUUUGAAUAUGAUUCUGAAUAUGUGUCAGUUAUUGUAUCCCAUGGCCUCUCUGUGUAAGGUCAAAUACCAGAGGAGCAAUUAGUAUUGUGACAUUUUCUAAUAAUUUACCUAGCCAAUUUAUGGGCUUCCCAAUGUGGCAGUGGAACUUACCACUUUGGUGUCUAUUCACUUCUGGUUCUGACUAUUUAAGUGUUCAUCAUUACAUAAGUCAGCUGGACUGUGUGAUCACUUCAUCUGUGUCUAUGAGAGAAUUGACUCGUGUAAUCAGCAUAAGAGAUAGUUUCAGCUCUAUACUAGUCAUGGUUCUGUUAAUUAUAUCUAUGUAAUAAAAUGAAAUAACCUUAUCAUUGUCACUUGCUUUCUUGUGUUUUUUCUAGCAAUUAUAACUUAUAGUGUCAUUUAUGGUCAUAUAUUCAUUGUCUG